AUGAGUUCACAAACAGCCGUCGCCCUGGUUCGUCCACCGCCGCAGGCUGGCGCGAAUCCUUCGAACCUUAUGGCGACAUUGAUGCACGCGAACCAAGACCCCGUCGCCGUCACCAAUUCCAUCUCCGGCACCACCGCUUCCACUGCCAGCCCGCAUUCCAUUCAUUUCCUGUCUUCGCCCGGCAAACAAGAUCCGAAUCUGAGCUCCAUCGCCAGCGCAAGCUUGCACGUUUCACAUUCUCCCUCCGCUCAAAUGGCCAGUCCAGCGGCUGCGACCCCGGCGGAUCGGCCGGCUGAUUCCGAGAAGGAGGCUCAGCGAAACACAUCCCAGGUGGCUCGGGAGGCCCUCGGCGCGAGCGAGAAAUCGCCGGCUCCAUCACUUCACGAACCCCAAGUCCAUGCCUCGCCCGAACAGAUGCAGGCCGACACGAAUUCGCACGCAACAGCAUCUGAUCCUUACGCGUCGGGUGAGCAUGGUCAGGGUGCUCUGAUGCACACCUCCACCGUCGCGAGUCCCGGUCCCAUUGACGAGUCCCUACAAGGCACAGACCGACCUCGUCCGCGGGAAGGGGAGAUUGAUCAGGACAGUAACAAGUCUUUUUCAUAUCCGAUGCCUGUCGGGGCAAUCAACGAUGCACGUCGAGGAUUGAGCUUGCCAAGCACGGGCUACAAUCGAACCAGCCCUCGUUCGCCUUCAGCGAAGAAACAUCGCUGCCCUUACUGCGCCACCGAGUUCACUCGCCAACACAACCUGAAAAGCCAUCUUCUCACCCAUAGCCAAGAGAAGCCUUUCGUUUGCCAGACCUGCCAGUCUCGCUUCCGUCGAUUGCAUGAUCUGAAACGCCACACCAAACUGCAUACGGGAGAACGCCCCCAUACCUGCCCCAAAUGCGGGCGACGAUUCGCCCGGGGCGAUGCACUCGCGCGGCACAACAAGGGACAAGGUGGAUGCGCAGGUCGGCGGGCCAGCAUGGGCAGCUUCCAUCCGGAUGAUGAUUAUGCGGAGGGGCAGCAUCCCGAAGAGGGAAUGGAGGGAGUUGUUUAUAUGGAACCCGAACGUAUGGAUGAGGAGGAGGAGCGGCGACUCAACUUGCCCAGCAUUCGCCGUCACGAAAACGAUUCAAUGUCGCGAUCCGAUUCCCUUCACAUGCCCCGUCAGCCAAGCACGUAUCCGCCUAUCGCCGCUUACCGCACGAAUCUUCCACCUCCAUCGGGGACACAAGGUAGUUCGGGUGCAUCUCCCGUCGCUGCGACGUCGCAGCCGCCCCAUCAUACCUUCCCCCCUGCCGGCCAUUCAUCCGGGGCUACGAUUUUUCCCCCAUCAACCGCAAGCGAUAGUCCGCGGCCUCUGUCUCCCAAUGCCCUAUCGCAGCAUGACCUCAGCGCGCCUGCGCAUACAUCUCAUUCGCCCGGACUCGGACAGUCUUUACCGCAUCCUCAAACUUUUGCCCGAACGGGCCAGUCCGCGACGGCCACUCAUGCCCCGCCUCCACACAGCCUCCCACCACCUCAGCCCAGCGUGCAUCUGCCGCCACCGGUCCUGAGUUCUCCUCAAGCCCGGUUCGAGCCUCAGGGCACUUCUAAACAUACCCCUUCGUCACACAGUCACUCUGGCAGUUAUGGAUUCACCGCGCCCAAGGUAGGACUGGACGGAACAGACCACACGGCCGGUGAGAUUGAAAAGCUCUGGACUUAUGUGCACGACAUGCGUAAGGAGAUCACAAGCCUCCACGCUGAAGUCGCCUCCCUCCGUGCGCACAUUGCAUCGACCAACGCCUCAGCUGCCCCGCCGCCCGUUGAGAUCAGUCAAGCCAACCUUGGACCUCGGUAG